AACCCCAUGACAAGAAGGACCCAGCCUCUGAGCAGCCACACCCUGUGUGUCUCUCUGUCCUGCCAGCACCAAGGGCUCAUCCACCUGCAGAGCCCAGGGUCACUGGGAGGAGACGCCAUGACCCCCACCCUCACAGCCCUGCUCUGCCUGGGGCUGAGUCUGGGCCCCAGGACCCACGUGCAGGCAGGGCCCCUCCCCAAACCCACCCUCUGGGCUGAGCCAGGCCCUGUGAUCAGCCAGGGGAGCCCUGUGACCAUCUGGUGUCAGGGGACCAUGGAGGCCCAGGAGUACCGACUGGAUAAAGAGGGAAGCCAAGAACCCCAGGACACACAGAACCCACUGGAACCCAGGAGCAAGGCCAGAUUCUCCAUCCCAUCCAUGACAGAGCGCCACGCAGGGAGAUACCGCUGUUACUAUCGCAGCUCUGCAGGCUGGUCGGAGCCCAGCGACCCCCUGGAGCUCGUGGUGACAGGAUCCUACAGCAAACCCACCCUCUCAGCCCUGCCCAGCCCUGUGGUGGCCUCAGGAGGGAACGUGACCCUCCAGUGUGGCUCACAGGAGGGAUAUGACCAUUUUGUUCUGGUGAAGGAAGGAGAACACCAGCUCCCCCGGACCCUGGACUCACAGCGGCUCCACAGUGGGUGGUUCCAGGCCCUGUUCCCUGUGGGCCCCGUGACCCCCAGCCACAGGUGGACGUUCAGAUGCUAUUACUAUUAUAGGAGCACCCCCCAGGUGUGGUCCCAGCCCAGUGACCCCCUGGAGAUUCUGGCCUCAGGCGUGUCUAGGAAGCCCUCCCUCCUGACCCUGCAGGGCCCUGUCGUGGCCCCUGGAGAGACCCUGACCCUGCAGUGUCGCUCUGACGUCAGCUACGACAGAUUCGCUCUGUACCAGGAGGGGCAACGUGACUUCCUCCAGCGCCCUGGCCGGCAGCCCCAGGCUGGGCUCUCCCAGGCCAACUUCACCCUGGGCACUGUGAAGGGUUCCUACGGGGGCCAGUACAGAUGCUACGGUGCACACAGCCUCUCCUCAGAGUGGUCGGCCCCCAGUGACCCCCUGGACAUCCUGAUCGCAGGACAGAUCUAUGACAGAGUCUCCCUCUCGGUGCAGCCGGGCCCCACGGUGGCCUCAGGAGAGAACGUGACCCUGCUGUGUCAGUCAUGGGAGCAGUCUGACACUUUCCUUCUGACCAAGGAGGGGGCAGCCCAUCCCCCGCUACGUCUGAGAUCAAAGUACCGAGCUCAUAAGUACCAGGCUGAAUUCCACAUGAGUCCUGUAACCUCAGCUCACACAGGGACGUACAGGUGCUACAGCUCACUCCGCUCCAACCCCCACCUGCUGUCUCUCCCCAGUGACCCCCUGGAGCUCGUGGUCUCAGGACCAUCUGGAGGCUCCAGCCCCCCACCCACAGGGCCGCCCUCCACACCUGCCUCACACCCCCAGGAUUACACAGUGGAGAAUCUCAUCCGCAUGGGCGUGGCUGGCUUGGUCCUGGUGGUCCUCGGGAUUCUGUUAUUUGAGGCUCAGCACAGCCAGAGAAGCCCCCAAGAUGCAGCCAGCAGGUGAACAGCAGAGAGGACAAUGCACCCUUCAGCAUGGUGGAGCCUCAGGGACAGAUCUGAUGAUCCCAGGAGGUUCCAGAAGAAAAUCUA